CGUUUUUUUGCGUCUUCCGGAAGGCACUCGUAUGUGGAGAAGAGGAGCUGAUUCUGAUGGUUUCGUUGCAAAUUUUGUGGAAACCGAACAAAUCGUACAGAUGAACGGUUACACUGCAUCAUUUGUUCAGGUUCGGGGGUCAAUUCCACUAAUUUGGGAUCAGAUUGUUGAUUUAACAUAUAGGCCGAAGUUUGAAAUCUUGACACUAGAAGAAGUACCUCAAGUAGUCGAGCGACACUUUUUGGAUCUAACAAAGAGAUACGGAAACGUUCAUGCCGUUGAUCUUGUCAACAAGCACGGAGGUGAGGGGCGUUUAUGUGAAAAGUAUGGCAGCGCAAUGCAACAUAUCGGCAUUGACGAUGUAAGAUACUUGCACUUUGAUUUUCACAAGAUAUGUGGGGAUACCGAAAUCGAGUGGCUUUCCAUUCUUUAUCACCGAGUCGAGGCUUUUCUCUUCCUAAACAGGUAUUUUUUAGUAAAUGACAAGGGGGAGAAAGUUCAGGGGCAAGUCGGAGUUGUAAGGACAAAUUGCAUCGACUGCUUAGACCGUACUAAUGUCACUCAGAGCAUGUUUGCUCGUAAAAUGUUGGAAUCCCAACUCCGAAGGAUCGGUGUUUUUAAUGUUGGUGAAUUUAUUAGUGGACAUCCCAAUUUGGAUCGAAGCUUUAAAAUUUUGUGGGCUAAUCACGGCGACGACAUUAGCAUCCAGUAUGCAGGCACGCCUGCUAUGAAAGGAGAUUUUGUCAGAUGCGGCCAGAGGACGAUGCAAGGAAUUGUCCAAGAUAGCUGGACUUCACUAAUGCGGUACUACUUAAACAACUUUCGUGACGGUACAAAACAGGAUGCAAUCGAUUUACUACACGGAUACUUCAUUGUAUCCGUUUCAAAGAAUAUGGCCUCUGCGAUAAAGAAAGGUGGUAUCGAAGCUCUAGCGUCCUUUCCGGUGGCAUUUUCGUUGAUUAUGACUGGGUUCUUCUUCGGAACGAUUUCACUAAGACAAGUUAGAUACGAUCCGUGGAAUUUAGUAGUUGCAGUGAUGUGGAUGGGCAUGAGUUUCGUUGUAACAUCGUUUGUGAGGGCCAACGGUCGCGUUUUUUGUAACCGUCCUCGUUUGCACCAACCUAGAUAUUGAGCACUAAGGAUGCUUCUCAGAAAUAUUAUUAGUUCGUAGACAUACAUAUUGACG